GACAACAAAACAAAAAGGAUCUUCGCUGUUACAAUAAAUCAUCUGACGAUUAGUGACACUGGUUAUUACUGGUGCGCUGUGGAGAUCAAUAAUGGAGGAGAUGAUGGGGUGUACUUUCAUGUGUCGGUCACCACAGACGCCCCCGCUCUCUAUACAGAUCAUCAGGAGAUUACAGGAUUUAUUGGAGACAGUAUGAAAAUAUGGUUUCACAGUAGAAACCGUGGAGAAGUAAAGUGGUGCAGACUGGGCAGUUCUUGUGCAACCGUUACAUCACAAUCAAUCGAUGUAACACAUUUGGCCAUUAAUGAGAAUCCCAAUAAUAAUUUUACUGUGACUAUGAGCGGACUGAGGACAGAGAGCAGCGGCUGGUAUUACUUUGUUAAAGGGGAUUUACAGAUGCCAGUGCACCUAACUCUUACAGAAGGACCCUCCACUACCACAUUAUUACCCACUAAUCAUUACUUCACUACUACUAAAAAACAGAUCUUUACCACAGUUGGACCUGGACAGAAAAGCAGUGAUAAAGUUGACCUGAAGAAGGUCAUCAUCCCUCUGACUUUGUUGAUCUUCAUAGUAGUUAUGACCUUGAUCAUUUGGUUUAUACUGAAGACACACAGGCAAUGGAAGGUAAAUUCAUCAGCUACAGUUAAGGGUGAAGAUGAAAUAACAUGCUCUGUUGUUACAUACAGGAGUAGAACUCCAGAGCAGGCUGGUAAUUCUGUAAUAUAUCGGAAAACUGGUAAUGCGAAAGUAACAUCAGAUCAGAUGUCAUGCACAGUUGUGGAUGUGAUUUAUUAUUCUGUGGUUACUAAAAAGUAGCAGACUGUAAAACAUGGUUGACGCACACAGUCAAGAUGCUACAGUAAAAAGAGAGGAAAUGGUUCCCAAUGAAAAACGUUUCAAAGAAUCAUUCACAUGUUCAGAAAUAUUUUGUAGCUUUUGGUCCUAAUAAAUUCUGCAUAAAUUCACCACAUAUAAUGUCACUUUUAAAUGUUAAUAAAUAGUCUGUACUUACUAUGUAAUGUGUAUGUAUGCAAUCUUUUA